AUGGACUCUGAACUUCCAUCCCAAUACCGUGGCCUGGUCUUCGAAUCCGUCUCAAAGGAUCUGAGUGGCCUUCAUAUUCAAUCACUACCGACCCCACGAGCUGAAACAGGCAGCGCCAUUGUCCGCGUUCUUGGUGCCAGCGUGCUGUCUUAUCAACGGGAUAUUUACGAUGGGAAGCGCGAUUACCCUCUUCCGAAGCCCCUGAUUGGCGGGUUUAGUGCAAUUGGACGCAUUGUCGCAGUGGGAUCCGAUGCAGUGGCCUUGCAACCAGGCAAUUUGGUGUAUGUCGAUUCCGUCAUUCGUGGACGCGACGAUGUCGACGCUGUAAUACUGUCUGCAAUCUCGGAUGGAUUCAAUGAGCGAGGCGCAAAACUUAUGAAAGACGUCUGGCGUAACGGAACAUUUGCAGAAUUCGCCAAGUUCCCCUUGGAAAAUUGCGUCCCUCUCAAUGAAUCAAAGUUACUUCAGGACCUGGGUUACAAUAUUCUGGACCUUGUUUACAUCAGCUAUCUCCUCGUGUCUUAUGGCGGUCUACGGGAUAUCAAAAUUGAACCUGGUGAGACUGUCAUUGUUUCCCCAGCAACUGGUGGAUUCGGGGGUGCUGGUGUUCAAGUUGCCAUUGCUAUGGGUGCCAGUGUUAUUGCGAUGGGCCGGGAUGAGCAGGAACUGGAGAGACUCAAAGCAUAUGUCAUGGAGGGCACUCCUGGUGCCAAUAUCGAGACAGUCAAGAUUACGGGGGAUGAGGAGAAGGAUUUGUUAGCACUUCAAGCCUUUGGAACUAUUGACGCUGUGUUGGAUCUUUCGCCACCUGCUGCAAGCAAAUCGCCACACUUAAACAGUGCUAUUAGAGCAAUCCGACGCAAGGGUCGCAUCAGCCUUAUGGGAGGCUUUAUGGAUGGCCCUAUACCAAGUUUCGAGCUCAUUGCGAAAGACAUCACUGUCAAAGGCAAAUUCAUGUAUGAGAGAGAAGACAUAUCACAGUUUGUGAAGAUGCUAGAAAAUGGCCGAUUUCCACGUGGCAAGAACUUUGUCAAAGUGAAGAGCUUUUCUCUAGAUGAGUGGAGGACUGCACUUGACGUGGCAGCUGAGUAUACUGGAAUUGGGAGAUCCGUGGUCAUUGUCCCAUAG